GUUUAAGAUCGUGUUUCUUAUUUAUUAGUUAUUUAAAGCAGAAAACUUUCAAAUGAUAGCUCCCAUUCUUAUAGUUUACGUAUACGGCGAAUUUGAGUAGUUAUUUCUUCUUUGUUUACUUUGUAGUUUCUAAAUUUUCCUUAUUAAACUCUGGAUAUUUUUCUUUAUUGUGUGUGUAAGAACUUGAAAAGUUCGCGUCGCAUAUAGACAUACCGCAGGUCUAAUCAAAAUUCAGUCAAUUAUGCAACGUCACCGCGAACUGCACGGUUUUAGUAAAUAGCUCUACAUUUUCCCUUAACUAUUGCAUUUAACAAGUGAUAUUAUACUACUCAACAAUUAAGUUACCCACACCCAGGCAAAAAAGACUAGCAAAAUGCUGAAAAGCUGUUGUCUGGCCCUUCCAAGAAGCUUACUCAAAAUCACUGCCAAGCGACACCUUCAGUGCCAUUCGCACCGGUACCAACGAACUUCAGCUGCUGCAGUGGCCAUGGAAAAGUUUGAUCUUCCGAAGCGCCUGCAGGGGAGCACCCCCAGUGUUUGGAACGAAUACAUUGCUUUGGCUAUGCAGUACAAGCCAUUGAAUCUUGGCCAAGGUUUUCCUGACGACGCCGCUCCCGAGUACGUCACCCAGUCGUUGGUGGACAUAGGCAAAGAUGAAAAUCCCCUUCUGCACCAGUACACACGUGGUUAUGGGCAUGUGCGGCUGGUCCAGGCUCUGUCAAAGCUAUAUAGUGGACUCGUGGGUCGAGAGCUCAAUCCGCUCAGCGACAUAUUGAUCACUUCGGGCGCCUAUGAAGCGCUUUACUCCACCAUCAUGGGACAUGUAGACGUGGGGGACGAAGUGAUAAUUAUUGAACCCUUCUUUGACUGCUAUGAACCAAUGGUAAAAAUGGCAGGAGGAGUGCCCCGUUUCAUACCUUUGAAAGUGAAAAAGACGGAGGGUCUUAUUAGUUCAGCUGACUGGAUUCUCGAUGACGCCGAGCUCGAGGGACUAUUCAAUUCGAAAACCAAGAUGAUCAUUCUUAACACACCACAUAAUCCCAUAGGAAAGGUCUUUAAUCGCCAGGAACUGGAAAGGAUUGCCGAGCUUUGCCGAAAGUGGAAUGUGCUGUGCGUUUCGGAUGAGGUGUAUGAGUGGCUUGUAUUUGACGGGGCUGAGCACAUUCGAAUCUGCACGCUGCCAGGAAUGUGGGAUCGCACUAUCACCCUUGGAUCGGCUGGAAAGACCUUCUCCGUUACCGGGUGGAAAAUUGGAUGGGCAUAUGGUCCUGCCCAGUUGAUCCGUAACCUCCAGAUGGUGCACCAAAACUCUGUGUAUACCUGCCCUACACCUUUGCAGGAAGGAGUGGCACGAAGCUUUGAGAAAGAACUGGAACGCCUUGGUCAACCGGAGAGCUACUUCUUAAGCCUUCCUCGGGAGUUAAAACAGAAGCGGGACUACAUGGCCAAGUUUCUGUCGGACGCUGGAAUGCGUCCCACCAUUCCUGAGGGUGGCUACUUCAUGCUGGCUGACUGGUCGCCAGUGGCGAACAAGGUGGAUUUAAGUUCCGAGCCAGACAAAUACAGGGAUUAUAAAUUUACCAAGUGGAUGACAAAGAACAAGGGUUUGCAGGGCAUCCCGCCCAGCGCCUUCUACAGUGAGCCCAACAAGCACCUGGGCGAAGAUUUUGUACGCUAUUGUUUUAUCAAAAAACAGGAGAACCUGGACAAAGCAGCCGAGCUGCUCAGUCAGUGGAAGUAGUCACUAGACAAUAAACGAUUUUUUGCAAAUA